UCCUCACUCUACUCCUCUCCUCUCUCUCUCUCUCUCUCUCUCUCUCUUUCUCUCUCUCUCUCUCUCUCUCUCUAUCUAAUGCCGAGUCUCCUUGUCGGAUUCUUUGCGGCGGCGGUGGCGGCGGCGUUGUUUCUGCAACCUUCGCUUCUUCGGGUGAUCGCGGGAGACUGCCCGCUGGACUUGAACUGGUUGAAUUAUACUUUGAUAGCUUCUUCGUGUUCGGACCAAAAUGAGCGAACCAAGUGUUGCCGUUACAUGAAUGCCCUCGUGGCGGUCUCAGUUGCUCGUUAUGCAAAUACAACCGGCAUGCUCGGUGUUCCACCUGCAUUCUCUGAUACCUGCGUUAGUACUAUCUCGGACACCCUAAUAGCAAAUGGAGUUCCCCAAACCGCCACCUCAUUCUGCGGAUUGGGAGUGAAAAUUCAGGUUUUUUAUCAAUGUGAAGGGAGAAAUACUAUACUGGAAAUGCUCCAGUCUCCCAACUUUGAUGAUGUCACGAGAAGCUGUAAUACACCACUUUCAGUGGAUGGUAAUUGCAAGAUAUGCUUAAACUCUGGACUUUCGUAUCUUCGCCAUCUGAUAGGGGUUCAAGAUAACGUCACGUUGAAUACCUGCCGCAAUGCUGCUUUUGUUGCACUUGCCAAUCAAGGGAAUAACUUAUCAGCUGUUGAAGCUGCCGCCUGUUUCUUUAGUGUACAGGGGCUUAGCAUUCUUCCAGUUAAUUCUUCGGAGCCAUUUUCUCCCUCGUUCGCCCCAGCUACUUCUCCAAGUCCAUUUACUGUGCAAGCUCCCGCACAGCAUCUAAUUGCGGUACCACUCAAGGAUCAACAUAGCCACCAUUUUAUGUUGAUUGCUGGAAUUGGAGUCACGAUUGCUGGGCUUGCAGUUUUAUUGCUGCUAAUUCUAAUUAUACUUAUCCGGAGAAAAGUUAGAGAAUUGAAGGACACCGAGAUCACUCAUUCUGAGCCACGGAAUGGUUUCUCGUCCUUGCAUGUCCAGAAGUGUCAAGAAGGUUCAACUGCUAUUUUUCAGAUAUUUACUUACAAGGAACUGAAGAAGGCAACUGGCAACUUCAGCACAAUCUUGGGAAGAGAUGAAUGUGGCAUCAUGUACAGAGCUCAGUUUAUUGAUGGUUCAGUUGCUGCUGUGAAACAAAUAGACAAUGUAAUGAAACAACGACUGGAGGAGUUUUGCCGCGAAGUAGAGCUACUUAGCAGGCUGCAUCAUCGUCAUCUUGUUGCAUUAAAAGGCUUUUGUUCCACAAAAAGUGAGAGGUUCUUGGUAUAUGAAUACAUGGAGAAUGGAAGCCUAAAAGAUCAUCUUCAUUCAUCAGAGAGACCACCAUUGGCAUGGCAAACCAGAAUCAGAAUCGCCAUUGAUGUGGCCAAUGCUCUGGAGUACCUUCAUUUCUAUUGCGACCCCCCUCUUUUCCACGGUGAUAUAACUUCGAGUAAUAUCCUUUUGGACAGGAAUUUCCUCGCGAAGGUUGCUGAUUUUGGUCUUGUACAUUAUUCACGAAAUGGCAAUACCGGCUUUCUACCUGUGAACACAAAGAUCCGAGGAGCUCCAGGUGUUGUGGAUUCCGAAUAUGCGGUGACUCAGGAAAUGACUUCCAAAAUCGAUGUGUACAACUACGGUAUAAUGUUAUUAGAACUUGUGACCGGGAAACCCGCUAUGUAUGAUAAGGAAAAUCCGGUUGACUGGUCUCAGAAAUUCACAUCAACUGAAUACUAUUCGCUACAGAAAUUGGUCGACCCAACAAUUUCCGAUUCAAUCGAUUUGGACGAGCUCGAAAUGGUGGUCGAGCUCAUAGAUCUGUGCACUCAAAAGGAAUCUAGAGAACGGCCAUCAAUGAAGCAAGUACUGAGGAUCCUCUACGAGAGGUUCGACCCUGCGCAUAGGGAGUUUGUGAAGAUCAUCGAGGAAGAGGAAGAUUAUUGUAAUGGAGAGAGGAAAGUUAGAGGAAAAGAACAACAGUUCGGAGAACUGAUUCCUUUUAGCAGCGAUGCGAGGGGCCUUCUUCAAUCCUCUUCUAGCACGUCAAGAUCAUAUUGUAGUCGGAGCGUGUUGCUCGAGAACAAUUCGCCGGAAUCUCCCCACGGUACUUUUUCUGCUUGAGCCCCUUGAUCUUGGUCUUAGAUAGAUGGAUUUAUUUGCGUGUGAUUUCUAGGAUUUUUGUCUAACUUAGCCCUUAGUUGUUGGUUUUAGGAUUUUUUAGGAUUUGAAUGUAAAUGAAAAGCUCUUUAUUUUUCUUCUCAUUUGGUUCUCUUUCUCCUCUUUUAGAAGCCUUGAGAAGUUGCAGCUGCAACUGGUCUUAUGAAUCUCAACAGGAAAUUUAGUCGAUGCAUUUAUUCAUUCAACAUCUUAUGUAUGAUUUUAGGCUCGCGAAAAAUUGACAGGAUAGAUACAUUGAAUUUAAUCAAGUAUACUUUGUGAAUAA